AGUCGCCUAUAAAUCGCCCCCGAUCGACUCGCUUGUUCCCCCUCUCGCCUCCUUCGGUUGCCCUCGCUUUCUUCAGUUAGGGUUAGGGUUUUAUCAGAGCGGGCAUCAUGUUGGUCUACCAGGAUCUUCUCACAGGUGAUGAGCUUCUGUCUGACUCCUUUCCAUACAAGGAGAUUGAAAAUGGGGCUUUAUGGGAAGUUGAUGGGAAGUGGGUUGUUCAAGGAGCAUGCGAAGUAGACAUUGGUGCAAACCCGUCUGCUGAAGGUGCUGGUGAGGAUGAAGGAGUUGAUGACCAAGCUGUCAGGGUGGUCGACAUUGUCGACACCUUCAGGCUUCAGGAGCAACCUCCCUUUGACAAGAAGCAGUUUGUGACCUGGGUCAAGCGCUACAUCAAGCUCUUGAGUUCUAAAUUGGAUGGUGAAAAGCAGGAAGAAUUUAAGAAGAGUAUCGAGGGAGCUACGAAAUUCCUACUUGGAAAGCUCAAAGAUUUGCAAUUUUUCGUGGGUGAGAGCAUGCACGAUGACUGUAGCUUGGUCUUUGCAUACUACAAAGAUGGCGCCAGCGACCCUACCUUUUUGUACUUCGCCCACGCGCUGAAGGAGAUCAAGUGCUAGGGCCCGAUCUGAUGAGCCCUAAACCUCCUAAAGGGGAGAUUUGUAGUCUUAGUGUCACGUUACCUAAACUAUCUGCUGCUUGCUGGACUAGUGUGUGCUUGCCUAUUAUUGUCUUUUGGUAUUUAUUCGGUGCGGUACCUAGACUAAUGAGGGUUUGAGUAAUGAUUUUGUCGGUUUUUUUUUAUUGAUUUGAGUUUUAUUCUAUUGGAGAUUGAUAAUCAACGUUCUUCUUUGUUUCUAGCGUU